AUGGCUUGUCUCAAACAUAUUUGUGUAUUUAGUUUCCUUGUUGCAGUAAUUGCUUGCCAUCAAGUUCUUAUUGCUGAGGGAAGACAACUGAAAGAAUUGAAACACCCCGAAAGUGGAAAUGAAAUUCCUGAAAGACAAAGUUUUAGUACUGAUGACACUUCAAAAGCACCAAGUGGAAAAGUAAAGUACGCACCAACUUCAACAGGAAAUAGCCCAGGUAUUGGACAUUCAUCUUCAGUGCCAAAAGCAAAUGAUCAACCAAAGCACACUAGUACUGGUGAAGUAAGCAUAGACGAUGUCAAAGCAGGACACAGCCCGGGUAUUGGUCAUGCUUCUCAAAAUGAAAAAAUUGGUCCAAAUGUUUAG